AUGUCGUCUGUUCUCAUUGUCGGGGCCACUCGAGGCCUGGGUGCGUCUCUUGUCAAGAAAUACGCCGCAGCGGGAUGGACAGUCUACGGCACAACGCGGUCGGCCGAGGGCCCCAAAACCGGUGAUUUCCCGGCGGGCGUCCAGUGGAUUCCCAAAGUCGACUUGAUGGACAAGAACGCGGGCGCAACUAUUUCUGGCUUUUUUGGCCAGUCCAAGCCCUUGGACGCAGUGGUAUGA